GGAUCAGUGAUGACACCAGGAGUUCGCGAAAAGGGCAAGUAUGUUCUGUCCUGCAGGUAGGACCCGCCACACUGGACACCUUAACAAUUCAAUUUCACGUUCACAGGGGACUCCCUCGUGGAACCGCAAUUUCACAAGGUGAAGGUCACACCAGCCUAUCAAGCUUGUUCGAACAGGCUGCACCAGCUAUUGUUCAGGUCCCAACUGUUUUUCUGUUCAAGUUGACCAUGCUGGACGUGGAGUUGCUGCAGAGACUGCCCUACUCGGACCAGCUCCUUGACCUGGUCAGGCGGUGUGAGAAGUGGCUACCAGGGAGCCUCACCGGCCGGGCUGUUCUGGUAGGGACGGCCGUGGGGGUGGCGGUCUAUCUGGUCACCAAGAAGAGGUACAAGCUACCCCCGGGGCCCCGAGGCUGGCCCCUACUCGGGAACCUGCUAGAGUUCAGGAACGCCACCAUCUUUGAGAAGCUGAUUGAAUGGCAGACAAAGUACGGACCCGUUAUCACAGUCAAUAUGGGGCCUCUGAGAGCGGUGACACUAAACAGAAUAGACGUUGUCUUGGAAGCACUGGUGAAACGGCAGGCGGACUUUGCUGGGAGGCCACAGUCGUACUCAACGGACUUGUUCAGCGACGGAGGACGCAGUAUCGCCCUUGGGCACUACAGCCCCACGUGGAAACUGCACAGGAAGUUAGCUACAAAGGCUCUGAAACACUACAUGACGGGAAACCAACUUGAGGGUGGAAUAGAACGUUCCCUCACCCAGGGCAUACAGCUGAUGAAAGAGAAGAAAGGGCCGUUUAACCCACAUGACAUCAUCUCCCUGAUCGUUUUUAACAUCAUCAACAACAUCUGCUAUAAUGAGACAUGUGAUGUCAACGACAAGUACUUCAAGGAUAUGAUAAGUAUAUCAGAUACCUUCACGAAUGAAGUCGGCAACGGCUUUCUCGAGGAUGUCAUUCCCCCACUCCGGCUCUUCCCUACAGGGAAAAUGAGGCGUAUGUUGAAACUGGCUGACAAAUUCGAUGGGUACUUGCGGGAGCGAUUGAACAAACACAAGCAAACACAAUCAAAAGGUACUACCCGUGAUUUUUGUGAUGCUCUGCUUGAGGCCCAAGAUGAGGCACGUGAAGAGGAAGACCCCGAUCUGAUGUCACAGCUGUCAGACAGACACAUCCUUCGGACAUUAGCAGACAUACUUGGAGCUGGGUUGGACACGUCCCGCUUGACCCUGUUGUGGACGCUGUUGUACCUGGCCAUGCACCCUGACAUCCAGGACAAGGUGCACGAGGAGGUCGACAAGGCCCUAGGUCCCCGUCACUUCCCCAAGGUUUCAGACAGGAGUAAUCUCCCCUUCAUCGAGGCCGUGCUGUACGAGAGUAUGAGGAUCGCCACUGUGGUGCCUCUUGGUCUUCCACAUAUGUCCCUGUGUGACACACACGUUGGAGGCUUCGAAGUCCCAAAAGGAACAUUGGUCAUGAUUAACCACCACGCUCUGCACCAUGACCCGGAACAGUGGCGUGACCCGGAAGUAUUCAAACCAGAGAGGUUUCUGGACCAGACUGGCAAGAUGGCCGCUAAACCAGAAGGUUGGCUUCCGUUCUCCGCCGGAAGGAGAGUGUGUCUCGGAGAGAGCGUGGCCAAACCCGAGCUUCACCUCUUGUUGGCUGGCAUUAUGAGACAUUUGAAAGUGUCUCUCCCACCGGGAACCAAACUGAACUUUGAACAAAGAGGGGGGUCAUUUCAGAGCAUUCCUAAUGAAUACGAAAUUACAGUUGAAGCAAGGAUUUAGGUGUCUGUACUUUACCUUUCAAUCUCAUUAAAAUCAGAUCUUAGUUCUCGCUAUCGCUAAACAAAGAUCUGAGAACAUCCCAUUACGGGUCACGUCAGACCGACCUUGCGCGAAUUUUGACCGACUAAUGGAAGGACUGA